UCUAUAGCCAAGAACCCAACGAAGAGGAUCUAUCGAAAAUAAGUGGAUCUAUCGAAACCGCGCUUCACAGUGUCUGUCGGUGAGUCCAACGGAUCUUCUAAUCUCUACCCUCGAUUUCAGAGCUCUUGACGGUCGUUAUAGUUGUAGAAGAGAGACGGCCGAGGUACAAAACCCCAUCUCUAUGUCGCGGCUUCCAUCUUGAAGACUUGUGCCUCUUUUAUUCUGAUCAAUGUAAGGCAGAAACAAAGUUGAGCUAGGGCAUCCUAAACCAUAGGAUCUCCUCUCAUUUUUCUCUCUUAUAAACAAACGGUUGCUAUCCAUCGAUAUAACGAAGGGUGCCUCACCUAGCACUUCUCCUGUUUCUUUAAUAUUGGCGGCAAUAAUUUCUGAAACAGUUUUUGGUUCUUGUAAGUUAAUGCGAUGAUUGAAAGUGCCAGAGUCCCGCUUAAAGGGUGGCAACAGGCUGCAGUUGCGCUGGGUUCUGCAGUUGGUGCACUAUUAGACCCAAGAAGAGCUGAUCUGAUCGCUGCCUUGGGAGAGACGACUGGGAAACCUGCAUUUGAGAGGGUUCUUCAGAGGAUGAAGUCAAGUCCUGAAGGCAGGAAAGUUUUAGUUGAUCGUCCAAGAGUAAUAUCAUCCAAGGUUGGACAUGCAUGGGACCUUCCAGAGAACACAUUUGGUGCAGCCUAUGCCAAGUUCAUGGGAUCGAGAAACUUCUCUCCAGAUGAUAGACCUCCUGUUAGGUUCAUGGAAACAGAGGAGCUUGCAUAUGUUGCUAUGCGUGCCCGUGAGGUGCAUGAUUUCUGGCACACACUGUUUGGGCUUCAGACCAACUUAAUAGGUGAAUCUGCGCUUAAGGUUAUCGAGUUUGAGCAGAUGAUGCUGCCCAUGUGUCUGAUGUCGGUUAUUGGGGGAAGUUCGAGAUUCAGUAGCAAGCAGAGAAAGGUAUUUUACCAGCAUUACUUCCCGUGGGCGGUGAGGGCUGGUAUGCAAUCGACUGAUCUUAUGUGCAUUUAUUAUGAGAGGCAUUUUGAUGAAGAUCUCGAUGAUGUUAGGAGGAAAUGGGGUAUAAUUCCUGCUCCCACUCCACAAAACCUCGAUUAACUGUUGAUGUUGAAUCUUGGAAUUGGUUUUGAUAGAAUUUUGUGACCCUCCCGAUCUGUUUCGGGGUUGUACGAGAAUUACAAGAAAUAAAUGUGACAUUUUGUUAGUGGUUUGCUUAAAUUAUAUAAAAACUAACUCAACAAGAAAACAGCUAUCUCUCUUCUGUUU